GUGAAGUUUUUUUUUAAGGCGGAAGUUCCGGGUACGCUCGCAGCAGGCGGCUUCAGACCUUCAAACAAACCUUCCCAAUUUGCUGUCAGUCUCACUGUGGAAGGGCUGAUGUGAGCUUGCUUGUUAAUAAGGCAAACCUUUAGACUCGGAACCUGCACCCACCUGGAUGUUGAAUGUUCGGGCUCUGUUUGGGAUCGGCUUCCUGGUGACCUCCCGAGUGGCAGCUUCCUUCUCCCAGGCUGGGACAUGCUCUCUUUCCGCUGCAGCUGACCACCAUAAGGAGUGUUUGGGCAGCAGAGCAGCAUCCACGAUGGCCCACAGCAUUAAGUAUCUUGGGCAGGAGGAGGCUCAACACAUUGACGAGGAGCUCUUCAGUGAGUAUGGCUUCAGUGUGGACCAGCUGAUGGAGUUAGCUGGACUAAGCUGUGCCACAGCCGUCGCACGGGCGUAUCCUGUUGCGUCUCUGACGAAAGCCAGACCGACUCUGCUGGUGGUCUGUGGACCAGGAAACAACGGGGGGGACGGCCUGGUCUGCGCCCGACACCUCAAGCUGUUUGGGUAUGAGCCCACCAUCCUGUACCCCAAAAGGCCCAACAAGCCUCUGUUCCAGGGUCUGACCACGCAGUGCCAGAAGAUGGAGAUCCCCUUCUUGACAGAGAUGCCGGAGGUGGACGUCAUCGACGAGGCUUACAACCUGGUGAUUGAUGCCAUCUUUGGCUUCAGCUUUAAGGGCUCUGUGCGAGAGCCGUUCGGCUCCAUACUGGAUGUCUUGAAAAAAACCACGGUGCCCAUCGCGAGCAUCGACAUCCCGUCAGGCUGGGACGUUGAGCAGGGCGCCGCCGAUGGCCUGCAGCCAGACACUCUCAUCUCCCUCACCGCCCCGAAGAAAGCAGCAUCCAUGUUCAGAGGCCGGUACCAUUUCCUGGGGGGUCGCUUCGUGCCCCCCAGCCUGGAGAGGAAGUACCAGCUGAACCUACCGCCGUACCCCAACACCGACUGUGUUUUACAGCUGUAGGAGAGGAUGGGGGUGGUUGUUAGUCCUAUGCAGAUGUUUGUGCCAUUCCAGCGUUUAUACUGAGGCCUGGCGCAGCCACCUUCUGCUACAGAUUGAGUUUGAUUUGUGAAAAUAAAAUGUUAACAUCCACCAGA